AUGACGGCUGUACGUAAACAAGCGCUAGACGACCUGCUAACAGCAGUGCAAAUUUCGUUUCGGCAUUCCCGACACAAAAUCAUACAAGCAUGGCUAUAUGUACCAUUUGGCAUAAUUCUAAUGCUGUUAGCCUGCUUUGGAGUUAAGAAAUUAUUCGAUCUUGGGUCUGUGACCUUUCCAUCGUCGGUAGCAUGUCUCAUCAUCCUAUUCUUGGCUUUGCUGCUAUCCGAACAAGUCCUUGGAGAACAUCGGACGAAGCGCAUCGUUGGUGUCAUUGAAGUUCCGGGAGACUGGGCAUUACGAUGGAUCAAUGUAUUGUUCACGCCUUCCUUCGUCCUACUACCCCUGAGUCCGUCAAUAGGGGGUAUCGAGGUCCUCAAGAUGAUCGCUGUCUUCGUAAUCGGCUUUAUCGUGAUGAUGGUUCUUGCGGCAUAUAUGACCCGAAGUAUUCAGCUGAUCCUAGGGUCAUCUAAACGGGCCAUGACCGCACGAGCAGAAGAGCUCAACCCCAACAACGAUGAGAUACCUAUGACAGCUGUACCAGAAUCAGCAGGAACCUCUACGCCGGCAGAUAUCUCAGACCAACCUUCAUCAGACGAGGUAAACCUACAGCGUCCCCCACCAUCUCAAGACGUCGUUCAGGGGCAUCGCGUAGACGAUUCCUCCCCCGCAAGCACAAGCAGCGACGCCGAGCAUCUCAACCUCCCACCCCAAUCCCCAGUCCCUCCAUCCCGCUCCGUCCGCUGGGCAGCCAUAAUCACCACGCGCCUCGACCUCUUCAUCUACACCACCCUCUUCCUCUUCGUCGGGCUGCCCAUGUACUACGCCGGCGGCUACGCCAUGCCCCUCCACCUAACCGUCAACAUCCUAACCUACUUCGGCGCCAUGUCCCUGCCCUUAAACUGGCGGACGUACCUACACCCAGUCCUCGUGUCCUCGCUCUUCACCGUCCUCAGCAUCUGGGUCCUCGGACUCCUCAACGGCGUCCCUCUCCCGUCCACCCUCACCGCCUACAAAACCGGUUCCAACUACGCCGAACUCUGGACCCCCCAUCCCAACCCCAAUCCAAACCCUCUCCCGCUCCCCGGCGCAGGCGACCUAUUCUCCAGCGUCCUAGACGCCUCCAUCGUAUCCUUCGCGCUGCCCGUAUACCGGUACCGGCGGGAGCUGCGACAGCACCUCGCCGCGAUCCUCGUGCCCAACAUCGCCAUCAGCGUCGGCUCGCUGUUCGCGUACCCGGCCAUCUGCCACGCGAUCGGCAUCAGCGCGCCGCGCAGCCUCGCCUUCGCGGCGCGGAGCCUGACGCUGGCUCUCGCCGUCCCCGCCGCGAAGAACCUCGGCGGCGACGCGAAUGCGGUGGCCGCGCUGGCGAUUAUGAGUGGCAUUGUGGGCGUGCUGGUUGGGCAGCGGAUGUUGGGGUGGUUGAGGAUUCCUGAGGAUGACUACGUGACGCGCGGCGUGACCCUCGGCGCCAACUCUUCGGCGAUAGCUGCGGCUCUGCUACUGCGCACCGACCCCCGAGCCGCGGCGCUGUCGAUCCUGGCGAUGAGCCUGUUCGGCACGAUCACGGUACUGUUCACGUCGAUUCCCCCGAUGACGAUCGUGAUACAGUCGUUGGUGGGGAUGUGA